CCACACUGGAGAGAAACCCUAUGCAUGUUCAUAUUGUCCACAUCGUUCGUCAAGGAAAGACUCUUUGAAAAAUCACAUGUUAACUCAUCAACUUCAGUAAUUUGUAUUAUGCUGUCUUGAAUAUCUUGGAGGUAGGCUUGGACAAUGACGAUCAAAGGACUGGUGGGAGAGGGACUGCAGGAGCGAAAAAGGGUGUUCCUUCAAUCAGCAAGGUCAUGAAGUGUCCCUACUGUGCCUACACGACCAGUAUCACUACAAAUAUGAAGAAACAUGCACGUACUCAUACAGGGGAAAAACCAUAUGCUUGUCCAUAUUGUCCAUUUAGAGCUUCUCAGACUGAAAACCUAAAGAGACAUAUUCGCAGACAUACUGGAGAGAAGCCAUUUGCUUGUAAUUUUUGCCCUUAUCGUUCUACAGAGAAGAGUAGCUUAAAGAACCACAUAUGGGUUCACCAUCCAUCAGGUGGAACCGGGCACUGAUGAACAGGCUAGCUGGCGAGACAACCUAGGUCCAGAGUUUGGCAUUAAUAAGGGUCCCAAGAGCCACCAAUGCCCUUACUGCCCCUACAACACCAACUUUACAACCCACCUUCAAACCCGUGUGCGGACACACACUGGAGAGAAGCCAUACCAGUGCCAGUACUGUUCUCUUCGUUUUGCCCAGAAAGGAAGCCUUCGAUCUCAUAUUCUAACACAUACUGGUGAAAAACCCCAUGCUUGCACACAGUGGCUACAGA